CUGGGUUGGCUAUCCACAAACGUCAAGACCGCGACUCCGGCGGCACGCAAGUAAUAUCUGAUCGGAGCAUCCACCACCAAAAAGCAAUACGAGGACAUGAAUUCGAAUGGUGCGUAGGAGGAACGGAAGGAAGGAGGGAAAAUAUACGUUUUCUUCUUCUGAGAGUCUUCUUAUAGACCUGAGCUUUUUCCAGCAAGCAAGAGGGAAGUUUUUCCGCGUCACUCACAACUCUCACUCUCAGUCUCAGUCUGAAUCUUUUCCUACACCUCCUGUCUGUCUCCUCGCCGAUCGCGAUCGCAAUCGGAUCCACAAGCUCAGCUCAGCUUCAGCUUAUCCUUCCUAUUUUCCCUUUUUUGUUGUGUCUUGCUUGUCCGUAUCUGUGUCUGUAUCCGUGUCUGUGUCCGUCUGUGUCCAUCUGUGUCUGUUUUUGUGUUUGCAAACCUUUCUAAAUACCCCCCCUUUUUCACUGUUUUUUUACUACUACUACUGCGGCUGCCACUGCUGCGGUUACUCCAUAAUGGUUUUUAAUUUAUGACCCGUUACGUUUUGUACCUUAUCCUACAUACUUUUACCUCACUUACUCAUCUUAUUCCCUUCGUCAUCUGAAGUUGUAUUGUAUUACCACCACCACUAUCGUUGUCGCUGUUUUAUUAUCACAUUGCUUUUACUAUCUAGCACUAGCCGCUGGAAUUCAACUGUUGUUUUCUUUCUCUUUUCCUUGAACUU